CCUCGAGCUGCUGCUGCUGCUGCUGUGUGCGUAUCUGCAUCUUCGAGUUCUUAGAGCUUAGGGUCUUCAGCCAUGGCGGACAAGGCGGUGACUAUUAGGACCAGGAAGUUUAUGACCAACAGGCUCCUCUCCAGGAAGCAAUUCGUUAUUGAUGUGCUCCAUCCUGGAAGGGCCAAUGUUUCCAAGGCGGAGUUGAAGGAGAAGCUUGGAAGAAUGUAUGAGGUGAAGGACCCAAAUUCAAUCUUUGUUUUUAAGUUUAGGACACACUUUGGAGGAGGCAAAUCUACUGGAUUUGGUUUGAUUUAUGAUUCCGUUGAGAGUGCCAAGAAGUAUGAGCCCAAGUACAGGCUUAUCAGGAAUGGCCUUGACACCAAGGUAGAGAAAUCAAGGAAGCAAAUGAAGGAAAGGAAAAACAGGGCCAAGAAGAUUCGUGGUAUCAAGAAGACCAAGGCUGGCGAUGCUGCCAAGGCAGGAAAGAAGAAAUGAGUUCCAACACAGUUUCUUUAGUGAUCUUCUCCGUUUGGUUGUUUUUGAACGACUUAAUUUGAACAAUGAUCUGGAAAGUAUCCUAUCUUUAGUUAUAUUGUCUUGUGUUGAGUAUUUCAGCUAGCACAAUUUUGAAAUGUUAAUUACUUAAUCGUUAUUGUUUCUCAUUGUUUGCCUGUCAUUUUUUUUCUUCUCUGGUUAAGAGAUGUGAACUUCAUUAGAAUGAGAACAGUUUACACACAAUAAUCAUUUAUGGUCACC